CAUUUUCGUACAUUUUAUAUCAUCAUGGCUUUCCAUUCGGUGGUCACAAUGGAGAAGCCGCUGCAGCAUAUCUCGCUGACGGAUUGGCAUGCUCGCGUUAGCCAGCUGCGGAAUGUUGCAGAUGCCCGUCGAUCGGACGCCUUCGCCAUACGCCACGCAUCGCGUUCGUUGCGGAACGAGACCAGGAUCGAAGGCGACUGGGCCAACUAUGAGACCAAUGAGAGCCUAACAGACCGUAUAUCCGAGCUGAAUCGUUGGCGCGACAUCAUAUCGAAGACAUUUGAGCGUAUUGAGCGCGAGAUUUACCUGCUCCAGGAGGAGAAAAAUGCAACCGAACGCGAGCUGGAGACGCUGACUGGUCCCAUAUCGGUCAUUGCCGAGUGCCUGACCAUGCGUGAUGGCCGUCUUGGCUCUGAGAUGACCUACGAUGAGGCCGACACGGAGAUCAAGAACGAGCUGGCCAUUUUGGAGAACAAUCAACGAUUGCUGGCCGACCGCUGCCAGAAGGCUUGGGAGAAGCUGACUCGCCUGGAGGAGGUGCGCUUCAAGAUCGGCAUGGAGAUCGACAACAAACUGGAAGCAGUCGAGCUAGACAAUUCACAAUUGGCUUUGGACCGCAACGCCGCCAACAUUUCUUACAAGCCGGAUCCCACCAGGAAUCCAAAGAACUCGUGUUCCUACGAGACCUGGUUGGAGCAUGUGAAGAACAUGAAGCAGCUGGCGGAGAAUGAGCUGGCCGACACUUAUGCCAUUCGUGAGGCUUUGUUCGUGUGCCGUGAGAAAGCCCGCAACAUGCUCCAGUCGCAGCAGGAGCGCGCCGAGCACACCAUUCGCAAGCGCAUCUUCGAGACCCAGCGCGCACGCAACGAACUCGAGUGGCAGAAGAUGAAAAUGAAGGACGAAAUGGAGCAGGCGGUUUGUGAGAUCAAGACGCUGGAGCAGGCGUUGCGUGACAAGUCCGACGGAUUGAAGUUGGCCGAAACACGGCUGGAGAAUCGUGCCCAACGCUCGGGCAUGGAGCUGUGCAUGGACCAAGCUCACGAGAUGCUCUGUGUGGAGGUGGAGAAGCUCCGUGAGAUCCGCCGUCGUCUGAUUGCCAAGAUUGAGGAAAGCAAGGCCAAUUACAACCUCAUGGAGGAGCAUGCCCAGAAGAUCGAUGUGGAUCUGGAAAACAAGCAACAUUCCUUGAUGACUGACAUACGGGCCCUCGACUUGCGCCAACGUCUCAAGGGUGGCGAGUUCGGCCUGAAGAUCGCUAAUCCGAGUGCCCAGACAGACAGGAACAUUGUGCUCACGCGCAUGGAGGAUGAGAUUCCAAAGACAUAAAAUGUUAAGCUGAUAA